AUGCAAGUCCUUCCAAGCACGAUAAACACUAAUCCAACAACACCUUUGGCAAUCUUCCAUUGUAUAGAUCACAACUGGAGUAAACUACACUACUGCAGCAGGAAGAAAAGAACAGCAUGGAGAUUCGAGAACACGUUUAUGUCAGAAACUUUGGCUUUGUUGAGCAUAAGUAACGGCCUAGCACCUACUAAGUCAGCAUUGACGGGUUCUACCAGUUUACCUCCAUGUGUAGAUCAUGAUCAUAGAUGUUUACAAGUUUCCUACAAAAACUUAUUGUGCAAUCCAAAUGCACUACCUGAUACAAAGAGAUACGCUAUUCAGACAUGUCCUUUUACAUGUAACUAUUGCGCUGAAUAUUUAGCUGGUUUCACUCCGACUCUAACUACAGGACCUCCUUGCGAAGACAAAAUGAACUGCACCAUACUUGUCGCCAGCAACACAUGUGAUGUGCCUAUAGUUAAAACCCGCUGUGCAAAGUCAUGUAAUAUCUGUUCGCAAGGCACUCUUUUAAAUGUACAACCAGUUGGAUAAAACAAUCAAUUGAAUAUAUGAACAUGUUUUUUUACUUUUCAAUUCUUCUAACAUCCCUAUUUGAAAAAUGAAUUUAAUUUGUUAUAGACUUUUUAUAGGAUCCAGGACAAACUCUCUCUUGACAAGUUUGGCUUAGAUUUUAACCUUUUUCGGCCUUUUUCUAUAAAUGCACGUG